GCGCUCACAUGCAUGCACGCACCCCCACCAGGCGACGCUCCUGCUCCUGCUGCUCUCGCCGCCGCCUCCAGCGCCCAAUUCCCAGGCAGGCGAGGGGAGAUUAUUCCGGCGGCGGGGCUGCCUCGGCUGCUUCCUCCUCCUGCUGCCGCUGCUGCCAUCCUGAAGCGCCCGCGGCACUGAUUUGCCUCGCCUCCCCCUCCUCCUCCUUGAGGAGAUGGUGUUUGGGGUGGCAGGGGCGGGGGGCGGCUCUUCCUCCUCCUUUUCCCGCUCCUUCUCGGGGGGCCAGGCGCGCUCCCACCCUGACAGCAACCCAAACAAACGCGGCAACCGCUCUUCGGCGGAGGAGGAGGAGGAGGAGGAGGGGGAAGAGGAGGCGAGCUGAGCGGAGGAACAGCCCCUGAAAAAGGCGGCGGCGGCGGCGGGGGAUUCCGGGAUGCCUUUGUGCUUCCCCCUCCGCUCGGGUUUAUGCUGAGCGGGGUCUUUCCGAGGAAGCUUCGGGAAUGGAGAAAUUUCCCUGAAGAAGACCCAACUUGACUUCUUACACAAGUUCGUUCUCCUUAGGAUUCUGGCUUUGUUGCUACAUCCUUGUCAGGAUGGCCGAAAAGGCUCCUCCAGGGAUGAAUAAGAAGUCCUCAAGGUCUACCCAAUCGCUUCCACCAGAACCAGGGGAGAUAAUCAGGAGCAAAGCCUGUUCUAGAAGAGUCAAAAUCAAUGUAGGUGGUCUCAACCAUGAAGUUCUAUGGAGGACUUUAGACAGACUUCCACGGACACGAUUAGGGAAGCUAAGAGACUGCAAUACUAAUGAUUCCUUACUAGAAGUAUGUGAUGACUAUAAUCUCAAUGAGAAUGAAUAUUUCUUCGAUAGACACCCAGGUGCUUUCACCUCCAUUUUAAAUUUCUACAGAACGGGAAAGCUACAUAUGAUGGAGGAAAUGUGUGCUCUCUCUUUUGGCCAAGAACUUGAUUAUUGGGGGAUUGAUGAAAUAUAUCUAGAGUCUUGUUGCCAGGCAAGAUACCAUCAAAAGAAAGAGCAAAUGAAUGAAGAACUGAGGAGGGAGGCAGAGACACUGAGAGAAAGAGAAGGGGAAGAAUUCGAUAAUGCCUGCUGCCCAGACAAAAGGAAAAAGCUAUGGGACUUGCUGGAGAAGCCCAACUCCUCAGUGGCUGCAAAGGUUUUGGCCAUUGUUUCCAUCUUAUUCAUUGUGCUGUCCACCAUUGCUUUGUCACUCAACACGCUACCUGAACUUCAAGUAAUUGAUGAAUUUGGCCAGCUAAAUGACAAUCCGCAGCUAGCACAUGUAGAAGCCGUGUGUAUAGCUUGGUUUACUAUGGAGUAUCUUUUGCGUUUCCUGUCAUCUCCAAACAAGUGGAAGUUCUUCAAAGGUCCAUUAAAUGUGAUUGACUUGUUGGCCAUUUUGCCCUAUUAUGUCACAAUUUUUCUUACGGAGUCCAACAAAAGUGUGCUGCAGUUCCAAAAUGUCCGCCGUGUUGUUCAGAUAUUCCGUAUUAUGAGAAUAUUGAGGAUCCUUAAACUUGCCAGACAUUCAACAGGACUUCAGUCUUUAGGAUUUACCCUCAGGAGGAGUUACAAUGAACUGGGCUUACUCAUAUUAUUUUUAGCAAUGGGAAUUAUGAUCUUUUCCAGUCUUGUAUUUUUUGCUGAGAAAGAUGAAGAUGCUACAAAGUUUACAAGUAUCCCUGCAUCAUUUUGGUGGGCUACCAUCACGAUGACUACGGUGGGUUAUGGGGAUAUUUAUCCCAAAACUUUACUAGGUAAAAUAGUUGGAGGAUUGUGUUGCAUUGCUGGAGUGCUUGUAAUAGCCCUUCCAAUUCCUAUCAUAGUGAACAAUUUCUCAGAGUUUUACAAAGAGCAAAAACGGCAGGAGAAAGCCAUUAAAAGAAGAGAGGCACUUGAGCGAGCAAAAAGAAAUGGAAGUAUUGUUUCAAUGAAUCUAAAAGAUGCCUUUGCUCGCAGCAUGGAACUGAUUGAUGUAGCUGUAGAUUCUGGCAAAACUGAGGAAGCAGCCAAUUCAAAGGAAACUCCUGAUGAUAACCACUUAUCCCCAAGUCGUUGGAAGUGGGCCAGGGGUGCAUUGUCUGAAGCAAGUUCUAAUAAAUCCUUGGACAAUAAAUACCAAGAAAUAAGCCAGCGGGAUUCCCAAGAACAACUAAACAAUGCUGCAGCAACCUCCAGUCCCCAACACUUGAGUGCUCAGAAACUUGAAAUGUUAUAUAACGAAAUUACUAAAACUCAGUCUCAGCCUAAUCUUAAUUCACCCUAUCAGGACCCAUCAGCCCAACCCCUGUAUGAGGAAGAAAUAGAAAUGGAAGAAGUUAUUGGACAAGAUGACCCAUUAGUAUCAGGACCCAGAGAUGUAGUCACUGACAUGAGAAGCACUUCCAGCAUUGACAGUUUUGCCAGCUGUGCAACAGAUUUCACUGAGACAGACCGAUCCCCCCUUCCUCCAUACUCCAGUUCUCACUUACAGCUAAGGUUCCCAAUGGAAUCUGCCCAUUUAGAAGACCAAAGAGCAAGGAGUUCCCAGUUUUUAUCAUUCACAAGAGAUAAAAUGUUUGCACCUAGAGACGUGACCUUUGACUACAGCCCAGUUGAUACAACCAUGAGCAUGGAUAACACUGGCUCCCAAUUCCUGCUUCAUGGUCAUAUGCACUUUGACAGCUCUAUGGAGAGUCCCAAAAGUUCUCUAAAGGGAAGCAACCCAUUAAAGUCAAGGUCUCUCAAGGUUAAUUUUAAGGAAAGCAGAGGAAAUGCUCCACAAACACCUCCAAGCACUGCAAGGCCAUUGCCAGUUAUGGCAGCAGGUGACUUUAUGCAAUCAACCCCACAACAUAUCAGCACUAUUCUUUUAGAAGAGAAUUCACCACAUGGGGACAGACCCUUGUUAGGUGCUGAUGCACCAGUGGUUAGCCAAGGAACUUCAAAGAAAUCAUCCCCACUUUUUCCGAAGCAACGGCUUUUUACUUUCCCUUCAAAAGAAAGAAGAAGCUUCACUGAAAUGGAUACUGGAGAAGAAGAAGACUUCAUGGAGAUACCUGGCAUAAGACAUGACAUGCAGGAGGAUACCAAGGAAAACUACUUUGGGGAUAAACACAAAGAUGGGAACCAUUUAACAGAAGAGCCUCAAGUCAGUUCUUCUUCACCCAAAAGCUUGGGUCACAAUUGUACUCAAGACAUUUAUCGUGUUGGUGAGGAGGUACAAGGGGACAAUAGUCAAGAAGGUCACAAAAUGGAAAACCAUUUGUUUCCCCAAGAAAUCCAUACAAAUCCCGGUGAAACUGAUUUUUGUCCCACACGGGAAACCAGCAUGUGACUAGUUAAAAGAGCAAUAAAUUACAAAACUCAUUUCUUAAAACUGCAGUUAGUAAUGCCUAUGAACUAAAAGACGGGAAGCCUCAAAAGUACCUAAAAUGUUAUUUUUGCAUGGCAUGAGGAGUUGUUUAGUUUAAGUACUGUUUAAUCUAAAAGUGAAAAUUGCUUUUUUGUAACAAAAAAAGAAAAUCAGGAUAAAAACAAUUCAAGAACAGUGAGUAAAAUAAAGAGCUCUUUUUGGAGCCCAUCUUUCGCUUAUGGUUGUAGAUAAGUUUUUUUAACAAAAUCUUUUAAACUUUUUUCCCUCUCAAAUUCUGGAAUUUGCACAUGAAAGGAUGAAAUGUCGAUGCAUGUGUUUAUAAUGAUGUGAAAUAAGGUGCUUUGAGCCUGCAAAAUGCAUACGUUUGUAAAUAGUUGGGUCGAUGGGGGAGACCUAUGGCUAUCAAGGAUCUGUGGAAAACAGGUUUCCUGAGACACAGAUAUUUCCUUCGCAGUCUGCUGCCUGGAGGAUUUGUACAGACUUAUGUUGCAAAAUUGCAACUUCUUCUAAAUGCAUCUCACCUAUCUUGCUUUCUGUUUAAAAGCUCAUCAACUAUAAGCUGUUUCUUUAAGUAGAUGACACUGUUCCUCAUUAAUCUGUUAGUUCUGACGAUUUUUUUUAUUUGUAUAGUUUUCACAGAUGCACUUGCAAGCUUUGAAUAAAAUUCUGUUAAAACUCUGCAAGAUUUAAUGACCAGAAAUUGAAAUUUCAGUAUAAUAGCAACUGCCAAAUAUCAAGACAGACAAGUUCCCAUUAUAUUAUGUAAUAAAACUAUUUUUAUGGCAAUGAAAUGUGCCAAACAGCCAUGAAAAAUGAUGGGUUUUUUAAUUAAAGCAUUUUAUAUUACUAUUGAAAUAACUGAAUGUACAGUACUAUUGUUAAAAUCUUACUAUUUUUGGAAGACAGAUUUUGUUAAUGAAUAAUGGACAUGCACUUCUUUGAGAGCACUGUGUCAUUUGCCCACCAUCUUCCAUAUUUAGGCACUCGAAUUAUAGAUAUUCUCCAUUUCACAAUACCAGUGUGAUUACCCUUUCCUGAGAACAGUCAGAAAACACAUGUCCAGAAAUAGUACCAACUCUCAUUCAACUCUCACAAAUCUCAAACACUUUUCAAUAGUGUGCAUUUUAUCUUUAGUUCCAACUAAAGUAGACCCAUUCAAUCAAUAGAUUUACCUAUAAUUUGACUAUCCAUUAGGAUUCAAGUCAAGCUAAACUGAAGAUUUCCAUUAAAGAAUCGCUUUAGGAGAAUUCAUUCAUAUCAAGGGGCCUGUUUGAUUUUUGCAAUUAGCAGAUCUAAAUGUAAAUCAUUUGAAAUUUCAGUCUCUGAUGGCUAUUUUCUUCUGUCACAAUGUGUUCAGUAUUGCAUCACAGAAGAAAAACUCUCCUUUGAAAAUCUCAAUAUAUGACUGGAGUUUUCCAAGUCUGUAUUUUAUUUUAUCCAAUUUAUUGAUAAUUCUCUACAGAUUUAAGAUGUGAUGUAUUUUUUAAUUUAAAUCACAAAACUCAGUACUGCACUUUAUCCUGUUUCGUCUUUUCUGGUUAAAAAAAAAAGAUCCACAGUAUUUUAAUUGUUUUAUUUACCAUCAACAUAAAACCUUUCACUCAUUUUAUUGAGUGUAGUCCCUCCACAAUUUGUAUCAAAAGAAUAGUUAUAUUGUAGCAGAGAAUUGCCAAAUUUUCUUAUGAAUUUGGUUUUUAUAAAUGACAUUUUUAUUUUUACGUUACUACAUAGCAGCUUUUAGCAGAAACAACAGCCCUGAUCUUAGUCCUGAUUUUAGGUAAUGAUAAUACUUCUGUUACAAUCACAUGAAAGAACAUCAAAAUUACAUUUAUCUAUUUGGACCAAAAAAACCCCACAUUUUUUAAAAAAAAUACCAUUUAAAUCUUUUUAGUAUCUCCUUUUACUCUUAAAUAAAGAAUGUUCAGGUCUUUUUUCUGAGGAAUAUCAGUCCUGGAAUUAAAUAUCAUUUCUAAAAACGGAAAAGCAAUACCUGGUCAUUAAGUCUCUAUGCAUUUGUUCUUCAUGGCUGUCCAACUAAUUCUAUUUUUUAUAUAACUUAAUUAUGUGGCACUUUGUUUAAUCUGUUCAGUGACUUCUCCUGUAUUUCACAAAUAUUGUUUAUUUAUAUUAUUUCACUUAUAGAUAUCCACAUUGACUAGUUUUAAGACGAGUAAGCUUUUUAAAUACCUUGUUCUGUAAUAUCUGUACAUUUUUAAACAUCAUGCUGUCCUAUUUAUUUUGCCUUUAUUACAACUGUAUAAUGACCACACACACAAAAGGUGAAAAUGAAACCUUGGCCUUAGGUUGCAUAUGAGAGUUUGAUAAAUGAUUUCAAUGAAAUUAUUAUUUAUAUCAGAAUCUUUACACAGUACAACUCCGCUGACCAUCAUGACUCCUCUGGCGCUAAAGUUAAGGCCAGCAAAGCUAAAAUACACUCUUUUCAUGUGGGAUAAUUCAAAGAGUGAAUUUUUAAUACAAGCCAGGGAAUUUGGUGAGCUGCAGUCCAUAAUAAUAAAUAAUAGAAAUAAUAUUUUUUUUCUGUUUGCAGAACUGUUGGUGUACCAUGUCAGAUAGAUUGUUGAUAUUCUCAUUCACAGAGUUUUUUAAAGAGCUCCUGACUUGUUUCAGUCCAUGGAUUGUAGUUCCCAUUUCACAAGCCACAUAUGUUCUGCCCUUUGAAAAUACUGGUAUUUCAUGAAAAUACCAAGAGUGUAUUUAAGGUUCUCUGGUCCUGAUCUUAUAAAUUAUAAAUUCAGCUGGUCUCGCUAAAACAUCACCAGAAGAGGAUGGCUUGAGAAUACAAACAGUCCUCCACAUUUGCAGGUUUAAUUUUUGUAGAUCCGAUUAAUAACAGAUUUUAUUAAAAUGUUUUCUCUAGAAACCUCCAGGUCCUCCACUAUGCUAGAAGGUGACCACAGAAUCGUGCUAGAGGACCUAGCAAUUCCUAGAGAAAACACCAUUCAAGGAAUCACUAGAUAUUCCAGUACAAUUCUGUGGUCAGCUUCUGGCAGAUGUUGACUGUAGAGUCAUGCUGGGGGACCUAGAUAUUCCUAGAGAGGUAUCCUCUCAGAAAAAUAAUAGUAAUUUUUAUUUUUAUUUUUUCAAUUUUGUGGGGUUCCUGUGCCCCUAACCCAGCAAACAUGGAGGGCUAAUUGUACAGAAAAGGAAAUGUAUGUGCUGAUAUGAGAACGACUAACAUUUUUUUUGGAACUACAGAAAGGUGAGAAUGUUAAUUGUAGAGCAUAUACUGCAGAAUAAAAAGCCAUCAACUUACAGGAACUGUAGAACUAUAAAUACCUCUCUACUGACUGCACAAUGCCCUCUUUCUAAAACUAAUAUUAGAAUGGAAACUCACAGAACUGUAGAGCUGGGAAGGGAUCUCAAGUCAUCAAGCCAAACCUCCUGUCAAUACAAGAAAGAAGCAUGUUGAGGUAAGCCAUGUAAACAAAUAGCACAACAUGGCAUGCAAAGCAACCAUCCAGAACUAUACAUCUAGAUUAUGUUUUAAUGCUUUGUUAUUUUACUCAAUUCUAAAUGAACAGUUAUCAUGCUGUCAGUUUUAGCUGGAGGCUGGUUAACGGUGUUAAUGUUUCAGUUCUAAAGAAACAUAUUUGCACAGCUUUGGGGGUUCUCUUCCAGCAGAAAAUCACAAAAGGGAUGCACAAACAUUGCAUUUUCCCCUCAGUUCUUUAAAUAACCCUUCAGAAUACACCCAAUCCCCAAUAGAUACUCCAGGAGAGUUUCAGAGAGGCAUGGAGAGUUGCUCCCAACCAUCUAGUGAAAUAGCUUUCUAGAUAUUGGGUUAACACAGCAUCUUAGCACUCUGGUAAUGGGGGAUUUGCAAACUAUGAUAUACAGGGAUAUAAUCCAUCUGAAAGGCCACUGUGACAUUCAAAGGAUUGUUCAUUAUGGAAUCAAAAGCUACUGAGAGGUCAAGCAAUGUCAGUCUGAGAGCAGCAGUUCUGCUGCCAACCCACCCAUCCCUGUUUUGGAAUUAAGAUCUAGUCCAGCAAAAUUUAAACUAGUUGUAACAAGAAAUUGAGUGCUGUUCUCUUCAGGUAGAAAUGCUUUUACAAUAAAUGAGAUCCUACUCAGGCCUACAGGAUAUUUUCGGCCCACAUGUUGAAUGUAAAUGGCUGCCAGAUUAAAUCAAUUCAUAAAGAAUUUCCUUCAAACCAAUGUGUGUUCACCCAUGUCUUCUACAAGGAGCAUGGAAGAGCUUUUCCUAAUACUGGCUGUUCUUUGAAAGGACCAUUUCUUUGUGCAUUUCCACUUGUUUAUCUUAACACUGUUCUAUUGUGCUCCUUUAACAAGGAGGUUUGGAAUUUGCUGUCAUGGAAGAGAUGAUGCCUUGGAUCCAAAGAUCCACAACUGCAAGCUGGAAAUACUUUUGUUCAUCAGCUGUAGAAGAUCUCGAUACACAUUGCCCAUUACUCAAGAGGAAUUUCCUUCUCAGAAAAGCCAGAUAGCUGAAAAAUCAAGAGAUCAUCACACACACGUAUUUUAGAAGGAAAAGCCUCUUCCAUGCAAAUCUCAGAAAACAGUAGGCAAAUCUCCAGUCAAUCUCCAGUCCAAAACAUUAUUUAAAAUGCAAAAAAGUAACAAGAACAUCCUUUAAUAAACAACAACAAUAAUAAUAAAUACUUUAUUUGUAUUCCACCCUGUCUCCCUGAGGGGACUAAUAUGAAUUAAUAUGAAUUCAAACAAAGCAAUUUUUCUGUUGUUUCUGUCAAUUUAAAAGAAAAACGCUCUCAUACUAGAUCACUGAGAGUAGGGCAGAGUUGUAGCAUUAUACUUCUAUAUAUAUUCUCAUGAAAUUAUGCAGAGCUUUACCCACACACAUAAUAUGCAAGUAAGCACCAGUCAUGCAGAUGACAUUAAAGCACUUAGGGAUCGAUUUUCCAUACAGAACAGAGCUCAGCACUUAGCCUAUUGCAGUGAGUUAAUUGUAAAUAACCAUUAAAUAUGUUUAAUUUCACCUUUAUAAUGUCUGUGUUAUCAUGUAUUUGUUUCAUAUCUACAGUAGGAUGAACUCAGUUUAAGUAACUUUAACUCUUCUACUUCUUCUACUUCUUCUUCUUCUAUGUAUGCUACAAAUGCUGCUGGGGAAAAAGCACAACAGUAUUUAUUUUUUAAAUUUUUAUCUUGGCACAAUAGUUGUGUCUUGACUAUUGUUCAAUAUUAAGGGAAUGGCAGCAUUUCAUUGUAAACUGCUAUACUAACAACAUAUCCUCAUAUAUUUUUUUAAUGGAAAGAACAUACUUUCAGUAGAAAUACAUGCAUAUAUGAUAAGUCUCGUCUAAUCUCAUUCAUCUGCCUUUACAAAAUGCCCCAUCUAAAAUGGGAGAGUAUGCUGCUUUUGUUGUUUGUAUGAUUUGUCUUUUAAGAAUGGGGGAGGGCUAAACAUUACAGUGUUCUUGUAGGGCAUUUUGCAAUGGUAACAGCAUCAGACAUGCUUUGUUGCAUUACUGUAUUUACUAGAAAUGUGUUGGUUUUACCUAGUUUCCGUAGAGAAUGCCACUUUUAAGUUUCCUGCCCUCUUCUGUCCAUUGUAUUCCAUUAAUAGAAUAUCACAUGCUACAGUAUUCAUAUCAAUAUUUCCAUAUCAGCUGCAUUUUAAUACCAUGAAAAGGAAAUGUGGUUAUUUAUUUUUGGUUAUGCUAGAUUUUGCUGAUCAGCUAACUAUUUCUGCACCAAUCAGCAUAUAAAUAUGCAUGUGGUAGUCUGUAUUGUACAGUUGUUCAACAUCAAAAUACUUGUUUAUUUUCUGUCAAAUGUCUGUAAAAUUAAUGGCAUUGUUCUCCAUUUCAAUCUGCCAGAAUAAGCAGAAUAGUAAAUAAAUGUGUAAAUGAAUCA